UUAUUUGCACUACUAACUUUUGACUUUUGAAAAAAUUUUUUAAAUUCUUAGUAAGUUUAUGAUAUUUAUGGCAUUUUUAGUUCUACAAAAUUAAAAGAAAAGCUGUCGAUUUUUCUUGAAUAUUUGGUAUAAACAUUCAAUUAUUAUUGGCCAAAAAAAUAAGUAAGAAAGUUCAUGAUUUCAUUAUUCAAAUGAACUUGAUUUUUAAAAAAAUUACCUGCAGGCUUUUGACAGAUAUACCUCAAGCCACCGUGUCUUCUUCACUACUCAAAAUGUCUUCUCAAAUUUCUCUGGACGAGCGGGUAUUGAAAUCAGUUCGAAAAAUAGUUCCAUCAUUAACAACAACUAAAUAUAAAGGUCAAGAUGGUCGAAUAGGAAUUUUUGGAGGUAGCAUGGAGUAUACUGGAGCUCCAUAUUUUGCAGCAAUGAGUGCAUUCAGAGUUGGAGCAGACUUGGUCCAUAUAUUUUGUUGUAAAGAUGCAGGAGUUGCUAUUAAAUCUUUCAGUCCUGAGCCAAUAGUUCAUCCUUUGUUAGACCAUCCAGAUGCUAUUCGCCAGAUCAAACCAUGGCUGGAUCGUCUGCAUGUAAUUUUAAUCGGUCCUGGGUUAGGACGUGAUGAUAAAAUAUUCAAAGUCAUUACAGAAGUGAUAAGUCUAUGCAGAGACUUAAGAAAGCCUCUGGUGAUUGAUGCUGAUGGUCUUUAUUUGCUUUGUCAGAAGCCAGAUAUCAUACGAGAUUAUCCUGGAGUAAUUUUGACUCCAAAUGCUAUGGAGCUCAGCCGGCUUAUGAAAGCUUUUCUUGAUAGAACAGUUCAACCAGCUCCAGUUGCAAAAAUUUCUGAUUUAAAACACUUGGCUGAUUCCAUUGGAAAAAGUGUUGUUAUUUUAAAUAAAGGAGCUAAAGAUAUAAUUGUUGAUGGUCAGAAAGGUUCUGAAGCCAUUUCUUGUGCUAUUUCGGGUUCAGGAAGACGAUGUGGAGGUCAAGGAGAUCUGUUAUCUGGAUCCCUUGCUGUUUUUUGGUGGUGGGCAUUGAGUGCUGGACCUAGUGAAUGCUCGUUAAAUCCACCAUUAGUUGCAGCUUAUGCUGCUUCUAGGUUGACUAGAGAAUGCAAUGCUGCUGCUUUUAGAGAAAAGCAAAGGUCUAUGUUGACUACAGACAUGCUAGAGCAAAUUCAUCCUGUUUUUUCAAGACUUUUUGAGAUCACCAAAUUGUCACCUAUUUUGAAUCCAAGAAGAUCUAAGAGUGAAGAUAUUUAAUGAAUUUUUAUCUCAAAAUUUUUUAAAACUAUUUAUCAUUUAUUUAAUAUUGAUAAAUUUUAGUGAAUAUAUUUGUAAGGGGCCAAAAUAAC